GGUGACCGUACCGUCGCGCUGCUGCGCUCGUCCAUUAGACACGGAGUUCACGCUCCAUGCGAGCAUUGAACUGCCAAACUUGAAACUAAGCUAAAUUAACUUGCCCUUGGUCCACCUGCCAAACAUGUGAAGUUUACGUUUUCAUAGACCAACCUGCUACUUUAUUUAUUUAUUUAUUAUUUUUCGAAGAGUGUUUAUCAUUCGUUUUAGUUUAGCAUCAUAGUGCGUGUCUUUUAUUCCGCUGAGGUAUUCUGUUUGCUUUGUGAAGAUGACUUUCGAUCCCGUUACCGACCAACAACAACAGGAAUUUUUUCAACAAGGAUGCAUUGCUCAUCUUCCGGGGUACACCGGACACUGUCCAACACUGAAGUUCCGAGUUGGAAAACGAUAUGGAGCCUGCACCCAAGAAAUUAUGAAAGAGCUUAUGGAGAAAAAAAUUUUAAAGACUGGCCCCUACAGACCUAACUCUGGAAAAGAGAAUUUAGUUCCAAUUAAACGCGAAAAAAAUAUCAGAAGAGAUUGGAAAAAAGAUGCCUACGUGUACAAAACUCCUUACAUUUUAGGUUACACAGGUUACAUACCCGGUUUCAAUAGCCGAUACGGUUUAACGUUCAUGAAAGCAGUAGAGGAAGGUGCAGUUGAGUGGCGUGAAGCACAAAACAAGUUAAAAGCACGAAGGGAUGCAAUGCGAGCACAUGCCGAAAGGACGGACCCAAGAAAUUUAUUGUCUCGAGUUAGGUCAGACAAUGUAGACAUUGAGAUCGAUCAUGGACACAGUCGGAAGAGGCAAUAUUUCGACAAUCAAGUAACAGCUGAAAGUCCGCCAAUUGUUGGUUAUACUGGGCACAUACCGGGCGCCAAAGGAGAAGUUGCUUUAUCAAAGAGGUACGCGCAGGCAGCGAAAAAAGGUCUUGAGCUUCUGCAAAAAGAUCGUGAAUCUAGGCUUGGUACAGCCAAAACCGCUGACGCAAUUCAGAGAAUUCUCGACGACGCAUGUCUUGAUGAAACGGGACACAUAAAAGCGUGAAGUCUCUUGACGAGG